GCCUGAUACCAUCAGAUCAGACCCAGGCCUCCCGGGAAGUAGAGAAGUCAGGCAGGCAGGCAGGCAGGCUGCCCUAGCCAAAAGCUUCAAGGAGUUUAGAAAAGCAACACCGCGCUUGUGUCUUCUUCCUGCUUCAGUCUCAGCUAAGCUGCUUCCAGCUUUCAAUUAAUCUCCGCCUCCAAUUCUCUGGGACCACUACUUUAAUUUAAUUUAGGUUAAUUUAUUUUAUUUUAUUUUAUUUUUAUUUUUGGUUUGCUCCUCCCCCUUUUAAAUCAGCACCGCAAAGCCUCAAGCUCCACCUCCAAAGGGGAAAAAAAAAAAAAAAAAAAACAGCCCGGAUCUGGAUGUUUUCGUCCUCUUUUGCUUUACUCUUCUUUUGCUUGAUGGUUUUGAUUUUGGAUGCAGACACUGCAGGAACACGAUAACAAGCAGAAGUGUUGAAGGAUUCAGAGAGAUGAUGGGAGAAGAUAGAAAGACUUAGAAACUGCAGUGAUGAGAUCCUUAGAUCUCUAGGUUUUUGAAAAUGUCUUGGUGCCUCAGAUUGACUUCAUCAUGUCUUCCUCCAAGCUCCAAGAUACAGAUGAAAUAUUUGCAGAAGUUUAUGAAGAAAUCUGGGACCAGCAAGUUAAUCAUUAGGUUAAAUAUUUCCAAAUGAUCUUCAAGACCAGCUCAGUGGAAAGUAAGUUACUGAAGUCCAACCACGAGGUGACAAAGGAAUGAGAGAUCUUUGCUAAUACCUUCUGCUUCUGGAAAGGCUGCAAUCAAUGCACCAACUAAAGCUGGAUUUUAAUGAUGUGAUUCCAGAGACCCAGAGGCUGGACAGUAGCUUACAGAAGGCCCGUGCCCAACUCUCAGCCAAGGGCAGGAGACAACGCCCCUCUCGGUCCCGCUUGAGAGAUAGUGUCAGCUCAACAGAAGGUGAUGAUAUCCUGGACAAGAAGGUGGGCGAAGGCUGUGGAAGCCCAAUCUAUCACCUGAGAUCCCCUCUUCAUGAUUCCCUCCAUGCCUCAUCAUCUCUCCCUGGUUCCUCAGUCUUCACUCGCACCAUUGAGUUUUCCUUUGAUGCCUCAACAGUACAGAGGUCACUGGAACAGGAAGAGCUUUCCUCCUCUCCUCUCAUCCGUUACCGACCACUGACCAACACCCCUUCCCAGGAGGGCUUGGGGAGCACACCCACCAGCUCUUCGCCCAGGUCCUGUCCCAGCUCAGACAGCUCACCCAUCUAUGCAAGAAGAGAGAGGCAUAGUGAAGAUGACAGCAGGGAUGCUAGUCCUCCAGAACUGGAAAGCCCCACAAUUGGGCUUGACAAAAAAACACGCCGGAAGUUUCUGGAUUUGGGGGUCACCCUCAGGAGAGCAUCUUCUGGAAAAAGCAGAAAAGAGAAGGGAGGCAACCGCCUCUCUGUUGGCAAUAGGGAGUUGAUGGAGGGUUCCAGCCGUUCCUCGGGAUCGCCCUUCAUGCCUUUUUCCUGGUUUACAGACAGUGGAAAAGGCUCAGCCUCUUCAGGGAGCACAGCUUCUCCUACCUCUUCCCCCAAGAACGAGGCCUUCAGCUGCAAGAAAUCUGCCUCCCAGGAAUCCACCCUAAGUGAUGACUCCACCCCUCCCAGCAGCAGUCCUAAGACCUUGAGCAUGGCUCUGCCAGAGACCAAGUGUUCCUAUCCAUACCAUACACUGUCACAAUCAUCUGAUGAGUUUCUGGAUGAGCCUCUGAGUGCAGCUUCAAUGUGGAGCAGCCAGAAAGUGGGCCAGUGGCUGGAGAGUUUGAACCUGGAACAGUACAUGGCAGAAUUCGCUGCUCAAGAUGUGGAUGGACAACAGUUGCUGCUCCUUGAUGGAGCCAAGCUGAAGGCACUUGGUGUCAGCAACUCUCAUGAUCGGUCUCUUUUAAAAAGAAAGCUGAAGGAGCUGAAUGCAGCUGUCGAGAAAGAGAAAAAAGCCCAGGAAAAGAUGGAGAAGCAGAAAGAAAAACAGAAAAAGAAAGAACAGGAACAGAGGAAGAGUUAAGCAAAGAGAAGAAGGGGGGAAUUACCAUUUCCCAACAUAGGCUUAGACCCAUUUUUCCCUAUUCCUAUGGAACAUCUCUGGAAUGAAGGGGAUGGACAUCAGCAUUCAGGAAAACGAGAGCAAGAUGCAAGCAUGGUCCUACCAAAGGUUAUGGGUUUGGGUGGGACAUUGGGCGAAGCUGAACUUGCUCUGGGACUAGAUAAUGGCGACACCAGCAGUAGGAGCUUGGCACAUCACUAAUGUUGGAUUGGCCACAAGGGACAGAAAAGACAAAGUUGAUGCAAAUAGUAUCUCCUCUACUAUGCCAGGACAAUCCAACUGCACUUUCAGGGGAUCAGCAAGACUCCCUCUGCCAGUGGUGCAACAUGGAGGUGGGUGAUGAUGCUAUCUCCCCAGUCCCUGCUCUGUGUAAUACCUUCAGAUGACACAGCGAUAUCUCUAUAUUUCCCUGUUGAUCUUAUUCCUCUACACAAAAUUGCUCACCUCAAAAGGCUUUAAUGGGUUCAUAUUCUGUGUCAGUUAGAUAUCCCAUCACAUCCUCCUGCCAUUACCAGGGGAACAUAGCUGCCUUGCAAGACACAAACAAGGGACACACAGCCAUGCAUGCACACACAUACACAAACACUCUCAAAACACAAGGUUGAGACAAUUGCAUAACAAUUUCUUUUAGGUUCCUGUCUACCUCCCUUCCUCUGCAUCAGGAGGGCAAAGCAGUCUUUGCCCAUUCUUCGCAUAUGCCUACAGAAUGAUAUUGCUGGGAGUGGAUGGGUAGGUUGCUCACCACUUAAGAGACCAAACUUAUAUGGGGGGAGGAGGAGCUUUAGAUGCCUGGCAAUAUACAACAAAGAAUCACGGUGGAAUAAAAGAAAUGUUGCAUUGUCGGCUGGUUUUGUGCAUUAAAGUUAUUGCACAGAUAAGUGGAAGGUCUCCCCUUCUCCCCUUUAUUUCCUAACAGUCUCAUGCUGGCAGGACUGCUUUAAGGUUGUUGCAAAAGGAGAGGGCAAUGGAUAAUCUGACACUUCAAGAAGACCACCUUUUUCUUAUUACUGAAUUUCUUUGCCUCAUUAAGAGGACAUUCCAUUUUCUUCUUUGAGUUUUCUGGAGGGAAGGGGGAAGGAAAGAAAGCUGGGCAUACAGGAGAAAGAAAGCAAUGCAUAAAGUGCUUUCCCUCACCCUGAAAGGGCAAGCAGAGCACUUACUAACCUCAGAGGUUUUGCAUCUUAUUUCAGAAUAUUAUUUCAUAUUUACGAUGAAAGUGGAAAUCAGAAUGAAGGGAAAUUAAAACUACUUCACUGCAUAUGUUCCACUAUAAGGUCUGUUCUCAGAUGCCUUCUGAAAAUUUAGGUUUGUUUUAUCAAAUUGGCACAUAAUAUUCACAGACAGGGCAACCAGUGCAUGUCUGCAACCUGCAGCCCAUCAUGCAGUCACACACACACACACACACACACACACACACACACACACACACACACACACACACACACGCUCACUUUCUGUCUUAUUUUGCUGAAUGUGCAAUAACCUUGUGGGAUUGGAGGUGCUCUCUAAACCUUUCUGGGAUAUUGCUGAUGAAAAACAAACUGUGUUCUGUUAAGAAAAUGUAGGUGGCUCAGGGGAAAUGCACUUUGCCUCUCCCUUGCUUUUAAAUUGCAUGGACAACUCAGCUCAUAUUUGCAGCUCCUUCCCUCUUCUGGAAAGAGCAGAACAGCAAUAUUUAGACUCUUGCCUUUUCCACUUGGGGAGGUUCUAUGGUUUAAAAUUGAUGCUUUAAACUUUGUAAACUUUGCUACUUGUUCCAAGAAAGGCAAAUUAUCCAGUUCCAGUCAUUGCACAGAUCUGCUCCUCAAUAUAGCCAUCCGUUGAAUUUCUCUCACAACUGUGUUAUACCAGUCUUGAAUUACAUUCUACUACUUCACAGAAGCCUAUAAACACCCACACUCAGGACUAUGCAGAGAUGUCUUGAGCCCACAUUGAGGGUUGGAUCUAAAUCUCUAGAAAGAACUGGUUUGUUCCCAAUUAGCAAAGGGGAAAAUAAAUCUCCAUUUGUAUUAGGAAGCUUCUCCCAAAAUAAAUUUUUCAAAAGGUGAACUGUAGAAAUCAAUAACUAUAAUGCAGAACCCUUCCCACCUAGGCCACUAACUAUCAAGAGUUUCUGUAGAAAUACAGAAAUAUGGAAAAACUCGAACUAAAAUUUGCAACUGUGGAAGGAACAUGCAUCUCAUAUUUCUUUAGGUGUUGCUCCCUGGAGAGGGAAGGAAGGAUCAACUGGGACUGCAGAUUUUGUCUUCAUUAAGAGGACAUUCUGUUUUCUUCCUAGAGUUGACUUUCUUUGGGUCAGUUUUCUAGUUAAAUAAUCCUCAGUGGAUUCUAAGAAACCUGCAACCCAUAAUCACAGGCUUCACUCUUCUUGUUUUGUUUCGCUGUUUAUGGAUAUUAACUGUCCCUCAGUCCCUACUCUCUGAAACUUCUUAAAAGCUCUCAGUGCUUUGGGCAGUUGGACAGCAACCUCUCUUUUUGUCCAAACACAGUCUUUUCUGCCAGGAUCCUGCAUUCUGUAGAGAACUUCCCUCAUAGAUUCAUCACCCAGAUAUCUGUUGCAGUUGUGGGAACUGUAGAGUCAUUCUGAAUUGAGGGCAGACCUAUUAGAAAACAGAACCUCUCUAUCACAGUGCUUAUACUGACAAGAGCCAGAAAGCCAAAAGGCCCCUAUCCCGCCUUUCCUUGGGUGCAACUCCUGCUCUACCACUAUUUCUCAGCUAACGUAACUGUACAAUGACCAAUAUGAAGCAAUACUUUGCAGACAUGGGGAUAGUAAAAACAGAAUAAAAAUCUGUCCUGACUUAUCUAAACUGCUAGAUUUGUGCUUUGACCAAAGCCCAAAGGGUCUUGGCAAAAGAUCCAAGAUAUUUGGAGGGAAUAUAUUGACUUGGAAAUUGGGGCCCAUUUUUAUCACAAUUAAUAAAAUGCUUUUAUUAAUUUUACUUUCCCAUCUCAGCCCAACAUUUUACUUCUUUUAUUGCUAAAUGUUCAUGCAAAACAGGAGGAAGCAACAGAUAUUGCAAUAAAGCCAUUAUGUGCUUA